AAAUCAGGCCUUUCCAAAUUUAUUGACAAUAGUGAGAUUAGCAAUCCCAGGAGGCAGUAGUCGGGACAAAAGUCAUUAUUAAAUAUCUUCCUGAUAGUCCCGUAGUUUUCGUACCAUUUCUAAAUCCGUAGUCGUACAAACGCAUUUUUAGAACUAAGGCGAACAUCCCAAGCCUGUCGGGUUCUCUUCAAACAGUCAGCGAGACCGGAGAGCUGCGAGGUGGCGCGAUAAGCCCCGCCCCGGGACGCGUCCUCAGAGCCCGCCGCUCUAGGCCCCAGGACGCUCUCUAUGGUCGGGCUGGCGGAGUGUUGUCAUCGGUGGAGCGACGGCCCGAGGCGGCGGCGCAGGCCCUGGCGGGGCGUUUGGUUUCGGUUUGUCCCUGUCUGGAAUUGGUGUUGACGGUCGAAAUGGGAGUCCCGAAGUUUUACCGGUGGAUCUCGGAGCGUUAUCCCUGCCUCAGCGAAGUAGUGAAAGAGCAUCAGAUUCCUGAAUUUGACAAUUUGUACCUGGAUAUGAAUGGAAUUAUACAUCAGUGUUCUCAUCCUAAUGAUGAUGAUGUCCACUUCAGAAUUUCAGAUGACAAAAUCUUCACUGACAUUUUUCACUACUUGGAAGUGUUGUUUCGCAUUAUUAAACCUAGGAAAGUGUUCUUUAUGGCUGUUGACGGAGUCGCUCCUCGAGCAAAAAUGAAUCAGCAGCGUGGGAGGCGUUUUAGGUCAGCCAAAGAGGCAGAAGACAAAAUAAAAAAGGCAGUUGAAAAGGGAGAAACUCUUCCUACAGAGGCCAGGUUUGAUUCCAACUGUAUUACACCAGGGACUGAAUUCAUGGCCAGGUUACAUGAACAUCUAAAGUAUUUUGUAAAUAUGAAAAUUUCCACAGACAAGUCAUGGCAAGGAGUUACCAUCUACUUCUCAGGCCAUGAGACUCCCGGAGAAGGAGAACAUAAAAUCAUGGAAUUUAUCAGAUCGGAAAAAGCAAAGCAAGAUCAUGACCCAAACACCAGACACUGUCUUUACGGUUUAGAUGCUGACUUGAUCAUGCUUGGAUUAACAAGUCAUGAGGCACAUUUUUCACUUUUAAGAGAAGAAGUUCGAUUUGGUGGCAAAAAAACCCACAGGGUGUGUGCACCAGAAGAAACCACAUUUCACCUCCUACAUUUGUCAUUAAUGAGAGAAUAUAUUGACUAUGAGUUUUCAAUAUUAAAAGAAAAGAUCACAUUUAAAUAUGAUAUUGAAAGAAUUAUAGAUGAUUGGAUUUUGAUGGGAUUUCUUGUUGGCAAUGAUUUUAUCCCUCAUCUACCUCACUUACAUAUUAAUCAUGAUGCACUGCCUCUUCUUUAUGGAACAUAUAUUACCAUCUUGCCCGAACUUGGGGGUUAUAUUAAUGAAAGCGGAUAUCUCAACUUACCUCGCUUUGAGAAAUACCUUGUGAAACUAUCUGAUUUUGAUCGGGAGCACUUCAGUGAAGUUUUUGUGGACCUAAAGUGGUUUGAAAGCAAAGUUGGUAACAAGUAUCUCAAUGAAGCAGCAGGAAUCGCAGCAGAAGAAGCCAAGAACUACAAGGAAAAGAAAAAAUCAAAGGGCCAGGAAAAUUCUGUAUGUUGGGCUGCUUUAGACAAAAGUGAAGGUGAAAUGGUAGUUUCUAAAGAUAAUUUAGAAGAUGAAACUGAAGAUGAUGACCUCUUUGAAACUGAGUUUAGACAAUACAAAAGAACAUAUUACAUGACAAAGAUGGGGGUUGACGUAGUAUCUGAUGACUUUCUAGCUGACCAAGCUGUAUGUUAUGUUCAAGCAAUACAGUGGAUUUUGCACUAUUACUAUCACGGUGUUCAGUCCUGGAGUUGGUUUUAUCCCUAUCAUUAUGCACCUUUCCUAUCUGAUAUCCGAAACAUCAGUACACUCAAAAUCCAUUUUGAACUUGGAAAACCUUUUAAGCCAUUUGAGCAGCUUCUUGCUGUGCUUCCAGCUGCUAGCAAAAAUUUGCUUCCUGUAUGCUACCAGCAUUUGAUGACCAGCGAAGACUCACCAAUUAUAGAAUAUUAUCCACCUGAUUUUAAAACUGACCUAAAUGGAAAACAACAGGAAUGGGAAGCUGUUGUAUUAAUACCUUUUAUUGAUGAGAAACGAUUGUUGGAAGCCAUGGAGGCAUGUAACCACUCCCUCAAAGAGGAAGAGAGGAAAAGAAACCGACACAGUGAGUGCCUAAUGUGCUGGUAUGAUAAAGACACAGAGUUCACCUACCCUUCUCCAUGGCCAGAAAAGUUCCCUGCUAUAGAACGUUGCUAUACAAGGUACAAAAUAAUAUCACUAGAUGCUUGGCAUGUAGAUAUAAACAAGAACAAAAUAACCAGAGUUGACCAGAAGGCAUUAUAUUUCUGUGGAUUCCCUACUCUGAAACACAUCAAACAUAAAUUUUUUUUGAAGAAAAGUGGUGUUCAAGUAUUCCAGCAAAGCAGUCGUGGAGAAAACAUGAUGUUGGAAAUCUUAGUGAAUGCAGAAUCAGAUGAACUUAGUAUAGAAAAUGUAGCUUCAUCAGUGCUUGGAAAGUCUGUCUUUGUUAAUUGGCCUCACCUUGAAGAAGCUAGAGUUGUGGCUGUAUCAGAUGGUGAAACUAAAUUUUACUUGGAAGAACCUCCAGGAACACAGAAACUUUAUUUGGGAAGAACUGCUCCACCUUCUAAAGUGAUGCGUCUUGGAGACAAAGAGCAAUCUAACUGGAUAAAAGAAGUACAAGGAAUAUCAGAACACUACUUAAGAAGAAAAGGAAUAAUAAUAAAUGAAACAUCUACAAUUGUAUAUGCUCAAUUACUCACAGGUCGUAAAUAUCAAAUAAAUCAUAAUGGUGAAGUUCAUCUAGAAAAGCAGUGGUCAAAACAAAUCCUUCCUUUUGUUUAUCAAACCAUUGUCAAUGACAUCCGAGCUUUCAACUCUCGUUUCUCCAGUAUCAAAACAUUGGAUGAUUUAUUUCCUCCUGGAAGUGUGGUGUUUAUGCUGGGGACUCCUUACUACGGCUGCACAGGAGAAGUUCAGGUUUCAGGUGAUGUGAUCACAGAAGGAAGAAUUCGUGUGGUUUUCAGCAUUCCAUGUGAACCCAAUCUUGAGGCUUUGAUACAGAACCAGCAUAAAUAUUCUAUAAAGUACAACCCAGGAUAUGUGUUGGCCAGUCGCCUUGGAGUAAGUGGAUACCUUGUUUCAAGGUUUACAGGAAGUAUUUUUAUUGGAAGAGGAUCUAGGAGAAACCCUCACGGAGACCAUAAAGCAAAUGUGGGUUUAAAUCUCAAAUUCAACAAAAAAAAUGAGGAGGUACCUGGAUAUACUAAGAAAGUUGGAAGUGAGUGGAUGUACUCAUCUGCAGCAGAACAACUUCUUGCAGAAUACUUAGAGAGAGCUCCAGAACUAUUUAGUUAUAUAGCCAAAAAUAGUCAAGAGGAUGUGUUCUAUGAAGAUGAUAUUUGGCCUGGAGAAAACGAGAAUGGUGCUGAGAAAGUUCAAGAAAUUAUUACUUGGCUAAAAGGACAUCCUGUUAGUACUUUGUCUCGUUCAUCUUGUGAUUUACAAAUUCUGGAUGCAGCUAUUGUUGAGAAAAUUGAGGAAGAAGUUGAUAAGUGCAAGCAAAGAAAAAACAAUAAGAAAGUACGGGUGACAGUGAAACCCCACUUGCUAUACCGACCUUUAGAACAACAACAUGGAGUCAUUCCUGAUCGAGAUGCAGAAUUUCGUCUCUUUGACCGUGUUGUGAACGUGAGAGAGAAUUUUUCAGUCCCCAUUGGCCUUCGGGGCACCAUCAUAGGAAUUAAAGGGGCUAAUAGAGAAGCUGAUGUACUAUUUGAAGUAUUGUUUGAUGAAGAAUUUCCUGGAGGAUUAACAAUAAGAUGCUCACCUGGAAAAGGUUAUCGAUUGCCAACAAGUGCCUUGGUAAACCUUUCUCAUGGAAGUCGCUCUGAAACUGGAAAUCAAAAGUUGACAGCAAUUGUGAAACCACAGCCAGCUGUGAAUCAAUAUAGCUCAAAUUCAUCAGUUUCUCCUGGGCAUCUGGGAGGCCUCAACCAUUCCCCUCAAUCACUUUUUGUUCCUACUCAAGUAUCCACUAAAGCUGAUGACGAAUUUUGCAACAUUUGGCAGUCCUUACAAGGGUCCAGAAAAAUUCAACACUUUCAGCCAACUCUACAAGAGAAGUGUGCAGUUCUACCUCAAGAAAUAAGUCAAGUAACUCAACAGCAGAAAUCUGGCUUUAAUGACAACAGCGUGAAGUAUCAGCAAAAAAGACAUGACCCUCACAGAAAAUUGAAAGAAGAAUGUAAGAGUCCUAAAGCUGAGAGUCGGUCACAAAAGAUGUCUAGUAAGCAGGCUUUUGGAGGGCCUGCCAAUAUUAAGUUAUUGAAGAGAAAUGAAAGUCCAGAUGUCUCAGAAAUCCAGAAGGCUGUGACUGGUUACCCAAAUGCUAUUGAUAAGCCUAACUCUGGAAUUGAGAACUUUCUAGCACACUUGAAUAUCUCUAAAGAAAGUGAAUUGCCAUCACCUCAACAUGGAGAGCCUCCCAGUGAAGAGCAUUUGUCACCACAGUCAUUUGCUAUGAAGGGAACACGGAUGCUUAAAGAAAUUCUAAAAAUUGAUGGUUCUGAUACCAUGGAACAUAAGAAUGAGAUGAAACGGUAUGGAAAUGAAGCUACUGUUUGUUCUAAUAGAAGAGAUGAAUAUGGACCAUCCUCACAGUCCAACCAAAACAAGAAAUUAGGUUACAUAAACAAGCCUCCCAGUGCCAGUGAGUACCACAGUAUUCCAUCUGUGGACAGUGUGUGCUGGCCUAUUCCCAGCCAGAUCCCUCCUGUGUCCACACCGGUAACUGAACUUGCUCGAAUUUGCUCCCUUGUUGGAAUGCCACAGCCAGAUUUCUCCUUUCUGAGAACACCUCAGACAAUGACAGUUUGCCAGGUGAAAUUAUCAAAUGGUUUACUGGUGCGGGGACCACAGUGCCCCUCUGAAAACGAAGCCAAGGAGAAAGCUGCACUGUUUGCUUUACAGCAGUUGGGCUCUUUAGGAGUGAAUUUUCCUUUGCCUCCACCACUGUUUGCAAAUUAUCCUCCUGCUAUACCACCUGGAACCAUCCCUCCAGUUUUCCCACCACCUACUGGCUGGAAUCACUAUCGAAGCAACUUAACAUUGGGGGCAGCUAAUGUAAUGCCUUCAUCAUCUCAUCUCUUCGGUGCAAUCCCAUGGGGCCCACCAGUGCCAGUUCCUGGGAAGCCCUUCUAUCAGGCUCCAUACCCUGGGAUUCUGCCCGCAGCUGGAGGGAUAGCAGGUGGUGCGCACAAUCAGUUCAUACCUUUGCAGGUUACCAAAAAAAGGGUUGCAAAUAAAAAGAACUUCGAGAAUAAAGAGGCCCAGACCUCUUCUCAAGCCAGCCCAGCUCAGACUAGCAAGCCAGGGUCUUCUGAUGUCGCCCAAGUGGCUGCACAGGAAGACUCGUCAGCCUCUUUGAACUCCUCUCAGGUUGCUCAAGCUGCGUCCUCUUUUCAAGGUGAAACUGCCUCCCAAGGCAGCCAUAAAGCGUCUCACCAGAAGGCAACGCCAACCUCUUCUUCAAGAAGAAAAUCAAGGAAACUUGCUGUCAAUUUUGGCAUUUCAAAACCUUCUGAAUAAAUUUGUACUGGGGAAUUAAUUUCUUUCCAUCUGACUUUUUAUAAAUGUAUAUCUGUGUCUCAUAGAAAGUUGUCACACUUUUUAAAAGUAGGAACCACAGGAGCCACGGAUGUAGCUCAGCGGCACAGUGCCUGCCUGGCCAGUGCAAGGUCGUGAGUUCAAUCCUUGGUACCAAAAAAAAUAGUAGGAACCACAGUCUUUCUGUGGAGCUGCUAAUGUGUUUUAAAAUAAUAUGUUUAAUUGAAUAUUUGAAAGUUGUAAGGCACUUUUCAUGCUAUUUAAAAGACUAUAUCAAAUUGUGCACUUUAAGUUUGUGCAGUUUGUUUUAUGUCAAUUAUACCUCAAUAAAGCUGUAAAAAAAAAAAAAAGAAAAAUGACUAAAUUAAACCUUGUGUUAAAAUAAGUAUCAGUGGGCUAAGCAUUAAAAUGUGCCACUCUAACCACUGGCCUUUUUAUUAGAAGCAUCCUAUGAAGUAUGAAUUAGACAUCAUAUUAGCAAUAAUUACAUUAUGCUGUCAUUGAGGAAUAAUUGGAGCAUGAAAAUUGGGCCUCAGUUAUAAUUUAUUGGAUGUGGAUUUAGUUUUCUUUUUAAUGAUGUAACAAAAUUAUCAAGAGAAUGGCUUUUAUUCAUGUGUAUUGUAGCCCGUAUUGUGUUAUCUCGGAGGCUCCUGUAGACCCGCAGUGAGGUGAUCACGCUGGUUGUGGUGCUGCCAGUUUUACUUUAUUCUGAAUUUUGUACCAAAGCAGCUUUCAUCCAAUUGCUCUGAACUAUAAAUAACAAUCUAGGUUUGAGUAAUUGUAAUUUUUUCAAUUGUUCAAGAACCAGCAUUAGUAAUUUCUAAUAAAAUUGUUUCAAAAUCUACAGGGUACAAAUCUAGUAGAAUAAAGUACAAAAUGUUAGUCAUGCUGUUAAUUCAAAUAAAUUGUUAUUCUUUUGUAUACCUUUUUAUUUGGUUAUUUAACAAAUAUGAGCACUCAUUGUUGGUCUAUGUGUGAUGCUCCCUGGAACUCUUGAAAUUCUAAAUUUUGUUUUAAAUUCCAAAGUGUGAGCUGGGCGUGGUGACUCACACCUGCAAUCCCAGCACUCAGGAGGCUGAGGCAGGAGGAUCAUUGUGUAUUUAAAACCAGCCUGGGCUACAAAGUGAGCUCAAGACCAGCCUGAACUGCAUAGUGGCACCCUGUCUCAAAAAGAUUUUAAAAAAGAAAAUCCAAGGUGUGCUAUAAUACAAUCAUCAAUUUAUCAUGUACAUUAUUUGCUGCCUGUAUUAUUCUGUAUUUCAGCUUUAUGCUGAACUAUUCAGUGAUUCUGGCAUUUUGUCUUUGCAUGUUAUGUGUGAAUGUGUGUUGUUAAAACUCCUGAAAUAAUUUAGAAUUUAUGACAAUUUUUCAGUGAUCCAGGGAGUAUGUGUGUGUAACCCUUUAGUUUUUAUGAUAUGCUUAUAUUUUGAGGAAGAAAGUUACCACUUUAUUAAAAGUGGGAACCACAGUCUUCACAUGUAGCUGCAUAUUAUUAUAUCUGAUUUCAUUUAGCUCAUUGAAAACUGCGGUGAUUCUUAAAAAUCAACUCUUAAGUACUGGCAGUAUACUAAACGAACUUCUUUCUCUGAUUUCACUUUCUCUAAGUGUUAGCAGGGUAUUUGUAUAUUAGUAGUACCUUUAUUAUAAGAGAAAAACUAUCUUUAACUGUGAUUUACUAUAGUCAUGUGAGUUCUUGUGAUUUUUUUUUUUCCUAGAAAUUUCCAAGGUUUGGAUGUUUGUCAUUUUGCAGCAUUUCAUUGUCUUUUUCUGUAGUGGAAUCUUGAGGAAUGAGGCUCAAGUACGUAAUUCCCAGUGUUCCUUGUGUCACAAACUCUGUGUUAAAAGGAGACAUAACGAUGUGCAGCCUGUGUUUUAAAGCUCUGCCAUCUUCUGAAACAUGGAGAGAAAUUUAAGUUAAGAUACUGCCGUUAAACCUGUGAGGGUACUUCUCCAGUGUUUGAGUACAGCAAGCUAAUUCUGCUGUGUGGACAACCAGCACAAGUGCUUUGCAGCCUUUUUUUUUUUAAUAUUCUAAAGGUAAGACUUAAAGAGAGAUUAAAAUGCAAGAGAGCUCCAUAAUGGCUGGGUAGUGGUCAUGUAUUUACUAUUCUUUUCCCCUUGUGGGCCUAUUCUGGAUGGGGGCUGAUAGCAGUGAGAUGUGGCCAGGGUCAUUGUUAUGUGAUGUUCGAGGUGCCUGGGGUCACAGGUGGUCACGACGGUGAGGUCUAGUGCAUCUCUGAAAAACAACUGGAUUUGGGGAAACAAGUUUUUCUCUUUUAGAUGUGGCAGAUUGAGACCACUGCCAAAGUUUAAUAAGAUGCUCGUUCAACUUGAAUCUGAGGGGCUUUUGUAAAUGACCGACUAGGCCAGGCGUGGUGGUGCAUACCUGUAAUCUCAGCACUUGGGAGGCUGAAGCAGUGAGUCUGAGGCCUGCACUACACAGUGAGACCCCGUCUCAAAAAAGUAAAUGGUGGACUUUAUUGAGCACAGAAGAGGCAUAUUCCCCACAGCGCUUCAUGUUUCCACACAACUAGAGUCCUUGAAUCUAAACGUUUCUCCCCACUGAAGCAUUACUUCUGAACAGUUUCGUUCAGCAAGUCCUUCUAAGUAAAUUACAUGAAUUCUAAAGCUAGAUCCUCCCAGUCUCACUGUUCCCUUGUAUAAUUUCCUGCAUUACCUCAGUUUUAUAAUUGCUUAUGGUUUUAUAAUUUGACAUUUAAACAUCAUGUAGGCUAAAGUCUUAAACACCUACGAUUCAGCUGCAUGAAAAGUUAAAUUCACUUCUAUUGAAAUUUUCCUUGACAAUAACAGAUCUCUCUGAACAUAUAGGAUUAUCUUGCUUAUUUGUUCGACCUUUUAAAACCAAGUUUCAGCUUUUCUUUCUGCUCAAAACAGUUACUGUUUGUACAUGGUUCACUAGAUAAUUCUAGGAAUUAUUCUUUAAAGAGGAACAAGAUACUUUAUUAAGCACCAUCUCUUCUGGAUUAAAAUUUUUUUUCCUUGCUUUGCAAUAGAAGAUUGGAGAUCUUUUCUUUCUUCUGAUGGGAGGGAUAAAGAACUAUUGAUGCAACAUGCUGUUGCUUAAUCCUUAUCUGUGAUUCCCUUUGGUUUUAGGCUAAUCUAGAUUCUUAGUUGUAAGAUUUUUUAGAGAUGAUUGUAAAUGAUAUUCUCUUUUUAAAAAUCCAGUCACAACCAGGUACGGUGGGACACAUCUGUAACCCCAGCACUUAGAAGGCUGAGGCAGGAGGAUCAUGCAUUUGAGGCCACUUUGGGCUCCAUAGGAAGUUCAAGCCAGCCUGGACCAUAUAGCAAGACCCUGUUACAAACAAACAGCAAGAUCGCAGAAGUUAAUUGUCAGUUUUCUAGAGAUAAUGAUAGUACUCAACUUGCAGUGUUUGUUUUGUUUUGUUUUUUUGAGAGUGUCUCACUAUGCAGUUCAGGCUGUAGUCCAGAAUUUGUAACUAUCCUGCCUCAGCCUCCUGAGUGCUGGGAUUAAGGAGUGUACCACCACGCCUGUUUUGUUUUGUUUAAUUUUAAACAGAAUAAAACAAAAUAAAGCAGGACAAACCAGAUUAAAACAAAACAAUGCAAGCAACAGGAUUUCAAAAGCUUACAUACAUUUUAUAAGCUUUCAUCAGUGAGAUAGUCUUUUAUUUUGCAGGUACUUCUUUUGCUUAUCACAAUAAAGUCUAAAAUUAUAGAACAGCUUUUCAGACUGACAUUGUCUCACUCCCAUCACACUUCCCCAUCCUCUGCCAAGAACAGCAGGAGACCAGAUGAAAAGCAGAGCCAACAGCCAGGCCCUAGAUUUCCUGAGGUAACAACUCAGAUGUCACAGGUCCUUCUUUCAGAAAGCAAUGCAAAGCACAUACCAGGUCGUUUGACUAGUCAAGACCCUUGGCAAUGCAAGUCUGCUCUCGGGUUCAGUGUGUGCCUCAGCAACCCAGUGAUACUUUGGUGCCAACCACCACAAGUGCAGUUCAUGAAGGAGACUGUGGUUUCCAGUGAUGCUUUUUUUAUAUAAACCUGGAAAAUUCAUUUUUCCCAGCAGUAUGCUACUAGUUGCUGUCGACUAUUUCAGCAGUCUAUAUACUAGUACAUCUUUUUUAUACACUAUUAAGUUGUCUAGGCCAAAUAAGUUUCUAUAGCAGUUUUAGUAAUUUAAAGGCAAAUUCUCAUGAAUUGGUAAGAGAAUUUGGCCCACGGUUUGCUUUAAGUUCUUUUAUUCCUUUCCACUACAAUUAUGGGUUUUUGGGUUUGUGCUUUUUGGGUUUUGUGUUAAUUUUUGGCCUCAAAUAUCUUUUUCUUUUUGCCUGCAGAUUGCUUAUUGAGUGUUUUCAUCUGUUUUGAUACAUGAAUAAUAGAUUGUGGAUGUGUCAGCAGCUUCCAACAUGUCCGCUUAAUAAAGUACAAUUCAUACAUAUAUAUGUCUUAAUUCGUUUCUUUCCUCACAUAAGCAUUUUUAUAAGUAACUGGAAUUUUUCAUUAGAUCUUAUACAGAGCAGUAUUUUAUUAAAAUUCAAAAGGGAAGACUUUUAUGUGUUCAUUUUAUAGUUUUUCUGCUUUUAAAAUGUCUUUACAUUGUCUGCUAAUUAAAGUAUUUUAAACUUGCAGUGGAGUGGACUCUGAAUGUAUUUUUGUGUUAAGUUGUACAUUUGUAAAUUUGUAGCAUGAAAUUAGCCUCAAAAUACCAUGCAAAGGAAUUUUAAAAUGAGUCACUGAAUUUAAACAUCUGUACAUGUUAAAUACUCUAUGAAUUUUAAUUAAAGAUUUAAGAAUGA